UAUGACCAAACCAAAACAAGUCGGAGUCGACUAAAGGCAACGGUGAAGUCCACUGGAGAAGAAGAAGUAAAUUUUUACAUAGAUAUAUUCUUUAAUCGUAACAUUUCACGUUACCAAAGAUGUCAGGGCUAAAGAAAAGUCUUACAAAGACGAAAUCUAAACGAAAAAAGGUUAAAGCAUUUCAUCAAAAAGUCAAAGUGUUUCGUGCAACUGACCCAAAAAUGGCAGUUUUAAUGUGGGGAGUUAGCCAUUCAAUAUCACAGUUGUCGCAUGUCCCACCACCUGUGAUGCUGUUAAAAGAUGACUUUAAAGCAUAUAGUAAAAUAAAAAUUGAUAACCAUUUUUAUAAUAAAGAAAAUAUGCCUGGUCACUUCAAAGUCAAAGAAUACAUGCCUUUAGUGUUUCGUAAUUUACGUGAAAGAUUCACAAUUGAUGAGAGAUUAUAUGCUAGCUCAUUUUUAAUUCAACCAAAAUCCAUUGAAGAUUCUGGAAACAGUGGUGCAAAGUUUUUGCGAACUGUAGAUAAACGAUUUUUAAUUAAAACAAUGGAAAGAGAGGAAGUGGAGAUGAUGCAUCAAAUCAUGCCAAGUUAUUAUCAGUAUGUUGUCGAGUCGCACUCCGAUACGUUGCUGCCACAGUAUCUUGGAAUGUAUCGCACUACUAUCGAAAGCAAAGAAUAUUAUUAUAUGGUCAUACGAAGCAUCUUCAGUGAUAAGAAAAGAAUACAUAAAAAAUACGAUCUCAAGGGGUCAAGAAUUGACAGAGAAUGUAAAGGCUCCGAAAAAGAGAAAGAUUUUCCGACGUUCAAGGACAAUGACUUUACAAAAGACAAUGCAAAAUUAUAUAUUGGCGAAAACAAGAAAACAUGUCUGCUUGAAAAACUGAAGAAAGAUGUUAAUUUUCUAUCCAGUCUAAAUAUGAUGGAUUACAGUCUAUUAAUUGGUAUCCAUGACACCGAACAUGUCGAUAGCGAUCCCGAAGAUGAACAGGACGGCGAAGAUGGCUUUGAGACAGGUGAUGAUUCUGCAGACGGACUUGAUGAACCUUCGUCGCCAGAUGACACGGAUGCUACUCCCAGGUUUACUCGCACUGAGAGUACCAGUAGUAACAGUGGCGCAGCUUAUGAUUCUGAUUUCUUUUUGAUACAUUGUAACGAUGAAUCGAGACAUGAAGUGUACUACGCUGGCAUAAUUGACGUGUUGACUUAUUACGGCGCAACGAAGAAGGCCGCACAUGCUGCUAAAACUGUCAAACAUGGGGUAUUAAAUAUGCGACGCCGCUCAGUAAGCGAGCCUGGAACUAAACGAUGGUCGUUGAUAUUCGACACUGAUAAAUUAGACUUCGCCAAGGCUGGGGCAGAAAUAUCAACUGUCAAACCUCAGGUCUAUGCGAAUAGAUUUUUGGAAUUUAUUGAAAGCGCUUUUGAAUAAGCGAGUUUAGGUUAAUUUAUAUUGGAUGAGUAAGUGAAGGAUGUCUCGCCUAUUCAAAACUUCUUUCACAAUCUUGGAAAGCUUAUACGAAAAAAGAUAUUCUCAUAAUUUAAUCGAGACAAUUCACGAUACAUUUUAAAAGUGUUAAAUUCGUAUGUAAAUAUAUAUAAAUGUCUUACGUUUCACGCCUAAAACUUUUUUCACGCCUGAUUUUUUUUCAUGCAUUGGUGUAGUUAGUUAUCGAUAUAUACUUUUUUCUUUCGAUUUAAAGGUUUCGCGUUUGCACGUAAUUUUUUUCGCUAUGUUUUAACAUUUGCACCUUUUCUUGAUCUCGUUCUACCACGUAACAACGUUGGGAUAACUCGUUCACUGUUUGUUAAAGUUUAAAGAUGAAUUUUAAUCUUGUGUAUAAUUUCUUUUUCCUGGAAAAAAAUUGCUUUUUAAAAUA